AUGUUUCAAAUCAUCAAAAGACAGGCGGUCACUACACUUCAGAAUUCGAAGACGGAUUUCUUUUACCGCACCAGACUUGCCGCAUUGGUCCACGCCAACGUCACCACGCGAAAUCUAUCUUUUAAGAUCCCCAGUAUAUUCAAAGCCGUUCAACAAGCCAACAAAAUCGAUGAAAGAUUUGAUGAAUUGGGUAAAUCUCCUACCAAGGACAAGGUUCAACAAGUAGUUGAUGCUGUGAAAGAUACCCCCGAACUCCUAUUUCAAUUGAACUUCUUUUUCUACGAAUGUCGAAAAUUAGGAAUAACUCAUGAGAAUGUUGAUCAGCGUAAAAGAAGAUGGAAUUACUGGCCCAAUAUAAUUUUUAAAUUGAUCCCCUUGAACUCCGCAUUCUGGGACACUUGUUAUCUGUUGGACAAAGCUCAACAUCAACAUCGAUUGACUCCGUUUAAAUUAAAUGAUAUUGGAUUAUUGGACCCCAAGAAUUUUCCUCCUGAUUUUAUUCAACAGUUGGCCACUGGGAAAUACAAUGGCAUAGAUUUUAGAAAUGUUAUCAUUUUUGCUUUUUCAAGACCUAGGUUUACGACCCCAACGACGAAGAAUGAUGAAACAAUCACAAAGUAA